AAUGGCUGUCACAGACGUGGGCCUUCCAUCAUGGUCUAUUAGUGCUUGAUCGUAGUUUUGGUGCCCACGACCAAGCCCCCAAACUCUCUCUGUCUAUAUAUCGUUGUCUUGUCUUUGGAUGGGGGUAAUGGACAUUUGGGGCAGAGUCGCAGCAUGCUCUUUGAACUAUUCGUCUUCUAGCUGUAGCUUCUGCGCUGAUUGCUUCAAACAUUGCAGCUUCGUUUUCCUACAAAGGCUUUUGUUAAGGUUCUCAGAGAACUAAACAAACAAGGAGAGGCUGAGAUCUGACUUGAUUCUGCCGCCAUUUUCAUCAUACCGACCGAGGACCUUGGAGGAUAGUUGCUCUCGGUGUUUCAAAAAUGGCGUCCAGGUCCUUCAAGGUGAGCCGGUCAAAUCUAUCGUCAACCUCCGAUGCGCCUCCUGAAGCACUUAACAAACCUCCACUGCCUCCGACUGUGACAUUUGGUCGGAGGACUUCCUCAGGUCGCUACAUCAGCUACUCAAGGGAUGAUCUAGAUAGUGAGCUUGGGAGUGGGGAAUUCAUGAAUUAUACAGUACACAUACCGCCAACUCCUGACAACCAACCUAUGGAUCCAUCCAUAUCGCAGAAGGUUGAAGAACAAUAUGUGUCAAAUUCGCUCUUUACAGGUGGUUUCAAUAGCGUUACUCGAGCUCAUCUCAUGGACAAGGUGAUUGAGUCUGAAACCAGCCAUCCCCAGAUGGCUGGUGCAAAAGGGUCUUCGUGUGCAAUUCCUGGAUGUGAUGCUAAUGUGAUGAGUGAUGAGCGUGGGGUGGACAUUCUCCCUUGUGAAUGCGAUUUCAAAAUAUGUCGUGAUUGCUAUAUAGAUGCAGUGAAGACAGGGGGCGGGAUUUGCCCAGGAUGUAAGGAGCCUUAUAAGAACACAGACUUGGAUGAAGGAGCUGUGGAUAAUAAUGGGCGGCCGCUUCCUCUUCCUCCACCAAAUGGGAUGUCAAAAAUGGAGAGGAGGUUGUCAUUGAUGAAGUCAACCAAGUCGGCAUUGAUGAGGAGCCAAACUGGGGUUGGGGACUUUGAUCACAAUCGGUGGCUGUUUGAAACAAGGGGAACAUAUGGAUAUGGGAACGCCAUAUGGCCAAAGGAUGGGGGUUUUGGAAAUGGGAAAGAUGAUGAAACUGUUGAGCCAACAGAGUUAAUGAACAGACCGUGGAGGCCACUUACCCGGAAAUUGAAGAUACCUGCUGCUAUUCUCAGCCCUUAUCGGCUUCUAAUUUUUGUUCGAAUGGUUGUUCUUGCACUGUUUUUGGCAUGGAGGAUCAACCACCCAAAUAAUGAUGCAAUCUGGCUAUGGGGAAUGUCCAUUGUCUGUGAGAUUUGGUUUGCUUUUUCUUGGCUCCUUGACCAACUUCCUAAACUCUGCCCAGUCAAUCGUGCUACAGAUCUUAAUGUCUUGAAAGAAAAAUUUGAAACACCUACCCUAAACAACCCCACUGGAAAAUCUGAUCUCCCAGGCAUAGAUAUCUUUGUCUCUACUGCAGAUCCGGAUAAAGAGCCGCCUCUUGUCACUUCGAACACUAUCUUGUCGAUUCUUGCAGCUGAUUACCCAGUUGAAAAGCUUGCUUGCUAUGUUUCUGAUGAUGGUGGUGCACUUCUAACCUUCGAAGCCAUGGCUGAAGCUGCAAGCUUUGCUAAUAUAUGGGUUCCAUUCUGUCGUAAACAUGAUAUUGAGCCCAGGAACCCAGAAACAUACUUCAAUUUGAAGAGGGAUCCUUACAAGAACAAGGUGAAGUCAGAUUUUGUCAAGGAUCGUAGACGAGUAAAGCGUGAGUAUGAUGAGUUCAAGGUCCGCAUCAAUGGCCUGCCUGACUCAAUACGCCGCCGAUCAGAUGCGUAUCAUGCUCGAGAGGAAAUCAAGGCAAUGAAGCUUCAGCGACAGAACAGAGAUGAUGAACCAGUGGAGAGUGUGAAGAUCCCAAAAGCAACAUGGAUGGCUGAUGGUACACACUGGCCAGGGACUUGGUUGAGUGCUUCUCCUGAGCACUCUAAAGGUGACCAUGCUGGUAUAAUACAGGUGAUGUUGAAACCUCCCAGUGAUGAACCACUACAUGGAGGUGCUGAUGAAAGUAAGCUCAUUGACCUCACUGAUGUUGAUAUUCGUCUCCCCUUGCUUGUUUAUGUGUCUCGUGAGAAGCGUCCGGGCUAUGAUCACAACAAGAAGGCUGGGGCCAUGAAUGCUCUGGUUCGAGCCUCAGCUAUUAUGUCCAAUGGCCCCUUCAUUCUCAACCUUGAUUGUGACCACUAUAUCUACAACUCCCAAGCAAUGAGGGAAGGCAUGUGCUUCAUGAUGGAUCGGGGAGGUGAUCGCAUUUGCUAUGUUCAGUUUCCUCAAAGGUUUGAGGGUAUUGAUCCGUCCGAUCGAUAUGCCAAUCACAACACUGUUUUCUUUGACAUCAACAUGCGAGCUCUUGAUGGGAUUAUGGGCCCUGUCUACGUCGGAACUGGUUGCCUCUUUCGAAGGGUUGCCCUUUAUGGCUUUGACCCACCAAGAUCUAAAGAGCACCACACUGGUUGCUGCAGUUGCUGCUUUGGUAGUCGUAAAAAGCAUUACUCAGUUGCAAGCUCCCCAGGAGAGAAUCGAGCCCUAAGAAUGGGUGAUUCUGAUGAGGAAGAGAUGAACCUCUCUUUGCUCCCUAAAAGGUUUGGGAACUCUACUUUUCUUAUUGAUUCAAUCCCGGUGGCAGAGUUCCAAGGUCGUCCUCUUGCAGAUCACCCAGCUGUAAAGAAUGGACGCCCACCUGGUGCUCUUACCAUUCCCCGUGAGCUUCUUGAUGCAUCAACUGUUGCAGAGGCAAUCAGUGUGAUCUCCUGCUGGUAUGAAGACAAAACUGAGUGGGGACAGCGUGUUGGGUGGAUUUAUGGGUCCGUGACUGAAGAUGUGGUCACUGGGUAUAGAAUGCACAAUAGGGGUUGGAAAUCAGUUUAUUGUGUGACCAAACGUGAUGCCUUCCGGGGAACUGCUCCAAUUAAUCUCACUGAUAGGCUCCAUCAAGUCCUUCGGUGGGCUACUGGAUCAGUUGAGAUUUUCUUCUCCCGUAAUAAUGCCCUCCUGGCCAGCCCGAGAAUGAAGCUUCUGCAGAGGAUAGCGUACCUUAAUGUUGGCAUCUACCCUUUUACUUCAAUCUUCCUGAUUGUCUACUGCUUCCUCCCUGCACUCUCACUCUUCUCUGGCCAGUUCAUUGUCCAGACCCUCAAUGUCACUUUCCUCGCCUACCUCCUUAUCAUCACUUUGACUCUAUGCAUGCUUGCUAUUCUUGAGAUCAGAUGGUCUGGCGUUGAGCUGGAAGAAUGGUGGAGAAAUGAGCAGUUUUGGUUGAUUGGAGGGACUAGCGCUCACCUGGCUGCUGUGCUUCAGGGACUUCUGAAAGUCCUUGCUGGGAUAGAAAUUUCUUUCACUCUGACAUCAAAAUCAGGAGGUGAUGAUGUGGAUGAUGAGUUUGCUGAUCUCUAUAUUGUCAAAUGGACAUCCCUGAUGAUACCACCACUCACAAUCAUAAUGGUCAACUUAAUCGCAAUUGCCGUCGGGUUUAGCCGAACAAUAUACAGCACUAUACCACAGUGGAGCAAAUUAAUAGGCGGUGUUUUCUUCAGUUUCUGGGUCUUGGCUCAUCUAUACCCUUUUGCCAAAGGGCUGAUGGGACGGAGAGGGAGAACACCCACCAUUGUUUUUGUAUGGUCAGGACUCAUUGCAAUCACGAUAUCCCUCCUUUGGGUGGCAAUCAGUCCCCCUUCUGGUACUGACCAAAUUGGAGGUUCAUUCCAAUUCCCCUGAUUGGUUUUUUUUAUCCUGUCAAGAUGAACAUAUUCAGUAAUAUUCCUUCAUUCAAUUAUCUCUUCAGAAAGUUAACCAUGCUGGUGAAUGGACUAGGCAUGUUCUGUUUCUUGUCCUCCAUAUAAAGUCUCAAACUUUUAGCAAUCUUGAGUAAAAAUGGAUGGGACCAAGAGAAUGGGAAACUGUGGUUUUACCGGCAUUUUGUGAUUGUUGUAUGAUCUCUCUUACGUGAAUUAUUAAUUUUAAUGUUUAAUUUUUA